UUGCUGCAUUUUCCAAUGUCUAACGGCGAGCAGAUUUUUUGUGAUGUUGAGGAGUAUUUCCAGGAACGAGGGCCAACUGUCACGUUCAGCAACUUGCACUACUGUGUUCAGGAGACGAGAUUCUGCCGCAAGAUAGGUCCUGAAAAAUAUAUCCUCAAAGAUGUGAGCGGCAUCAUGAGACCCGGGAUGAAUGCUAUCAUGGGCGCAACAGGAAGCGGUAAAACAUCACUUCUGGAUGUAAUAGCAGGAAGAAAAGACCCUGCAGGACUGCGCCAGGGAAAUGUCUUGGUAAAUGGAAAAGCUGUCACACCUGAGCUCAGGCUCAGCUCUGCCUAUGUGGUUCAGGAUGAUAUCCUGAUGGGCACGCUGACUGUGAGAGAGAAUCUGUUGUUCAGUGCCAACCUCCGUCUCAACCCCAAGCAGCACUCCACCAAAAAUAAACACAGCAGAGUAGAUGCCAUCAUACAAGACCUGGGCCUUACAGACUGUGCAAACACUAAGAUAGGGACGGAGUUUCUGCGCGGUGUAUCAGGAGGUGAGAGGAAGAGGUGCAGCAUCGGGAUGGAGCUCAUCACUUCACCUUCUUUGCUUUUUCUGGAUGAGCCAACCACAGGGCUGGAUUCCAACACUGCAAACUGUAUCAUCAGUCUGCUGCACAAACAUGUUGCUGAGUGUACAAACCCGUUGGCAACAAAGUAUCGCCAGUCCCAACUGUACCAGAAUGUUCUUGAGGAGCUGGACCAUGUGAACCAGAGCGUUGCUGAACUGGUCAAAAGUCAAGAUGUUGCAGCCAGCUAUGCUACCUCUUUCUGCUAUCAGAUGCGUGUCGUGUGUGGCAGGACGGUGCUGAACACUCUGAGGAACCCUCAGACCUCUUAUGCCCAGUUUGCUCUCAACAUCUUUUUUGCGCUUCUGGUGGGACUCAUUUAUUACCAAAUGCCCUUGACGCUGCCUGAGGGUUUACAGAACAGGAGUGGAGCGUUCUUCUUCCUUAUCAUCAACAUGGUGUUUGGGAAUCUCUCUGCUGUUGAACUCUUUAUCAAUGAAAGGGCGAUCUUCGUUCAUGAGAACUCAAGCGGCUAUUAUCGUACUUCCGUCUACUUCCUGUCCAAGAUCUUUGCUGACCUCAUCCCCAACCGCAUCAUCCCCAUCUUUGUGUUUUCAGGCAUCGCCUACUUUAUGAUGGGGUUGAAGCCUGACUGCGAGGCCUUCCUGUGUUUUGCUCUGACCAUGUCUCUGGUCAGUCUGGCAGGAGUCGGUCUGGCUUUCCUCGUCUCAGCAAGUGUUUCCUCCUUUGCCAUGGCCAACAUCCUUAUUGCCCUACCCUUCGUCUUCAUGAUGGUUUUUGGUGGUUAUCUUGUCAAUCUCAACGCCAUGCUAAGCUGGCUCUCCUGGCUGAAAUGGAUCAGUAUCUUCAGAUAUGGAUUGAAUGCUGCAUUCAUCAACGAAAUGAAAGGACAGUUGUUCUACAGCAACAGCACCAUCAUCCCAGGGGAGCAGUUCCUAAAAGGCCAGGACAUCGACUACUCUGUGUGGGGCUUCUGGCAGAACCAGGUGGCUCUGCUGGGAAUCAUAGUUGUUUGUAUGUUCCUGGCCUACGUGCAGCUGCGACGAAUCAACCGCUGGAAAUGAUGCCUGCAAAUCUGUUUAUGUAUCCGUC